AUGUUAAUAAAAGCAAUUAAAAAUUAUUGUAUAUUAGCAAAUAAUCUAUUAUUAAAAUGCAAAUAAGACAAAGAACUAUAAUUGAUUACCUUUUGCCAAUAAAUACUCAAACUUACUUCAGAAGAAUAAUAAUAAAUUAAUGUUACUUAUUUAUAAGAAUUUCAAUUUAAACCAAUUAUGUUAGAGGAAAAUGAAUAAAUUCGAGACAAUGAAUCUUAUAUAAAGAAUCUUAUUACCUUUGAUUAAUAUCUUAUAAUUUAAUAAGAAUCUACAAUUAGUAUAUUAACUAAAAGAGUUGCAAAUGAAAAAUUAAUUUGUGAUAUUUUAAGAAAUAGUACAACUGCUAAUUAUAGUGGAUUAUUAUUAGAUCAUUAAUUAGUUAUUCAAUAUAUUAAUUAAUAAUCUAUAGAAGAAUAAUAAAAGUUUUCAGAUUAUCAAUCAGAAAAUAUAAGUUCCUAUCUAUUAUCAGUAUUUAUGACCAAAUAAUAAAAAUUAAAACUUUUAAAAGGAUCUUAAACAUAUUAUUAAUUAAUAUGA